AUGCGAGGUAGCAGUUCAGAGUUGCUGCUGGACGCGAGCGGGCAGAGCCACCGAACGACGACGACGGGGACCCUGACGGCGACGACGACGAUCCACAAUUUGUACAGCGGGCUGAACCACCACAGCCAGAGCAGCGGCGGGAUCUACGACAAGCAGGAACAAUCUGAGCUCCGUCGUCGCAAGCUGUUGGAGCUCGGGUUUGGAGCUUCCAGGCGGCAGCCGCCGAGGCGGACUUGCCGUCAAAGGUUCAACUUCUACGCGACCUCGGCCCUAGCACUGGUUGCGACCUCGGGCGGAGCCGCCCUCCUCUUCCUGGUCCCGCUGUACGUGGACCCCGCGAUAAGCACCCUCGCCGCGGACUUCUCGCCCCAUCCUGUUCUGUGCACCACUCUCAGGAGGGAGGAGAUCCUCGGGAUCUUCAACUGCACCUGGAGCUCCUGCAGGGAGGGCUGCACCAGUGAUGUUUAUAGAUGCACUCAUAUUUAUGUUACUUACUCGCCAGAACUCAAUUUUACUAACGCCAGUUUGUGGAGUGAAGAUAUUUACGAUGGUCUACCAGAAGUGGAAGCAGUUCUGAAGGUUAAUAUAAAAGGAUGUGGUUACCCGCCGGUAGUUGAUUGUGAUAAUUUCACCCGGGAGCUUGGAUACGAGGGUGCUAGAUUUCCUUGCCACUACAGCCGCGUUAAUGGCAGCAUAGUGAUGGCGAAUUACAACCGCGAGGCGCAACUAGAAAUAAUAAUCCACUUUUUUGCGGCGCCCUUUGUAGUGACACUUGCCACGAGUGUUGCACUCUGUGUUAUGCACUGUGAUUGCCGGUGCGUGGCACCCUCCCCUCGGCAUGCACGUGGUAUGAGAAAAAUACGUACUAAUAACCUCAGCGAUCAAUCGAUAAGCAAUAGAGUGGACCGAAGAGGACAUCAUGCACACUGCGACUGCGGAGAAGUGACACGGCCGUUAUGA